CUCUCUGAUCCAGAGAGGACUUUAUCGGACAGGCGGAUGUGUCUAUAAAACGACGACGGGGUGCUCAGACCGCAGACUAGUGACAGGUUGGCAGAAGGCGCGUGAUGGAGCGCGCUUUCCGAGAGAGGCUGUUCUUUGCCCUGCUUUGUCUGUCUGUUCCCAGGAGAGACUGCCGCUACAUAGAGGACAACGAGGUGAUCCAAGAAGAAUUAUUCUCCGUCCUCAACUCGGAUCUCAAGAGAGAACUACCCGACGCCUCAAUGUACCGCCGACCCUUACGGUGUCUGGACAUGGUCGCACUGGAGGGCCAGUUCACCUUCACCGCCGCCAGGCCCCAGCGUGGCUGCGCAUCCUUCUUCAUCGCUGAGCCCAACAAGGUGUUCAGCCUGUUCUACGACCACGUCAACAUAAACUGUAGAGGAGGGGACUUCAUCAAGGUGUUUGACGGUUGGGUGAUGAAGGGCCAGAGGUUCCCAAGUCUCCAGGACCACCCCCUGCCGCUGCACCAGCGCUACGUGGACUACUGCAACUCGGACGAGCUGUCCCGGAGGACCGGCGUGCGCUCCUCUCAGAACGUCUUCAUGCUCUUCUUCCACAUUCGCCAUGCGGGCGACGGCUUCACCAUCACCGUGCGCCAGCACCUCAACCCGUUCCCCUGUAACAUCAUCUCCCAGACACCAGAGGGCAGGUUCACCAUGGUGGUCCCCCAGCAGCACAGGAACUGCAGCUUCUCCAUCAUAUACCCUGUGCAGCUCCAGAUCUCAGCCUUCAGCCUUGGACGCCGCAGUGACCCUGCCCUUCCCAAGAUGUCAGUAACAGGAUGUUCAGAAGCUGGGGAUUUUGUGGAGUUGCUGGGAGGAAGUGGCCUGGACACAUCACAAAUGUCUCCUAUAGCAGAGCUCUGCUCUUCCUUCAAUGGACCCACUCAGAUGAAGAUCGGAUGUGACAACACGGUGUUGAGGCUGGUCUCCAGCGGGAGGUUUGUCAACACCUUGACCUUCAGCUACAACCUGCUGGACCAGCACGACCUCAACAGUGUGGACGGUUUCUGUUUCACCGAGUGAUGCUCCGCAGAGUGAUGACCGAGACUCAUGGGUCAGGGGACAUUGAUCUCAAAGAAAAAAUACCAUUGCUUUGUUUGCUAUUUUUCUUUGUUUUUACAUCACUGAUAACAUUUGAUCAUUGUGUUGCGUUUAUGGUUUUGAUUUUGCAGAGCUGGAAUAAAACAACUUUUGUAUGUAAGCCGUGACCUCAACAUUUGCCGUCAUUGAUGUUCAUUUAAUUUAAACGAUAUUCCUUUUUUUUUGGAAGAUGUCUAUAAGGGUAGAAUAAUAGAAAACAAAUAUCAAAAAGAAGGCUUCCUUAAAGGGCCCCUAUUCCUCCACCAGCUCUCAGAUCUCUUUUGUGACAUCACAACUGAGAGUGGCCACCUGUCAACCUCCUUCCAGUCCUGGUUGACAUUGUGAUGUUACAAAUUGUAAUGUUAAACCCAACAUUUCCUUUGAUUAUGUAUAUUUGAGUAUUUAUUUUUUGUAUUUAAGCUUCUAACAAUAUAAGUUUGAAGAAUAUAUUCGUGGCUAACAUUCUUUUAAAUAGAAUGAUGGCAUGAAUGCUUGAAUGCUUUUAUCUAUUAAGUGAUCAAGGAUUGUAUGUUGUGAUGAGUUCUGCCACAUUGCAUAAAGAAAUGUGCAAAAUAAUUACGUUAACAAAAUGGUCUUAUGGGCAUUUUUAAAAAAUAUAUUCAAACUGUUUUAAGACAUACCCGUCAAUUUCCCGGAUGUAAAUGUAAAUAAAAAAGGUUUUGUGGAAUGA